CUAAUAAUGUCAUUCAGUUUCUAAUACCGGCAACAUGAAGUUCUUGGCUGUGACUCUAUUGGCUUUGGCAGCGGUAGCCUCCGCAAGAAACGUUGGUCUUCAAGAUGUAAUUGAUCUUGAAGAUCUGACAGCAUAUGGCUACCUGGCCAAAAUCGGCGCACCUUUGGCCGAAGAGAUUCGCAUAGCCGAGGAAGAAGCCAUUCGCAACCCAUCCAGAAUAUCUGGUGGCUCUGCAGCUAGCCUUGGCCAAUUCCCUUACCAGGCUGGUCUAUUGGCAAGCUUUGACCUGGGCAGGGGUGUAUGCGGUGGUUCUCUGGUCAGCGCACAGAGAGUGCUUACCGCUGCUCACUGUUGGUUUGAUGGUGAAAACCAAGCCUUCAGCGUCGAAGUGGUCCUGGGAUCAAUUCGUUUGUACUCUGGUGGUGUCAGGUUGCAUUCAAACAAUGUUGUGAUGCACGAAAACUGGAUGCCUAGUGUUAUUCGUAAUGACGUCGCCAUCAUCAACUUGCCUUCUGCUGUUUCUUUUUCUGACAACAUCGCCCCCAUCGCUCUUCCCGCUGGUGACGAGCUCAACGAACUGUUUGUAGGAGAUAUCGCUACCGCGUCUGGCUUCGGACGUACCGGUGAUGGUAUUUCAGGAAGCAUCACUACAAGCCAGUUCUUAAGUCACGUGGAUGUGCCUGUGAUCUCAAACAACGUGUGCCGCCAAUCCUUCCUGAUCUUGCAAUCAUCCAACAUUUGCAUCAAUACCGCUGGUGCUAAGAGCACCUGCAGGGGAGACUCUGGUGGUCCUCUUACUGUAGAAAGGAACAACAGAAAAAUCUUGAUCGGUGUGACCUCUUUCGGAUCUGCCCGUGGUUGUCAAGUCGGAGCGCCUGCUGCCUUCGCCAGAGUUACUUCUUACGUCAGCUGGAUCAACCAACGUCUUUGAAUUUAACGAAGUUUCAACUGUCGAUUGCAAAAUGUGACUGAUUAAAUUAAUGAUUUGAAUCUAA